AUGGCUGGUAAUGAAGUGUCAGACCUUAUAGAGAAAUUCAGUGCACAGGGUUUGGCAUCGAUUGACAAGCUUGAGCUGCUUGUUGGGAUCGACAGAAUACUAAAUGAUGCAUUGAUCAGCCAUCUAGGAGCUACGCCUCCCGAAGUAAAACACUUAAGUGUGUGUGAGAUGAUGCUUCUCGAGGAGCCUGAAAAGGCAAAGCCAUUGAUUGAAAGGAUUCUGAGGAAGUUUCCAUCAAGCGUGGAGGAGUUUGUAAGUGGGCUUUUGAAGUCGUCUUUCUACACUCAACGCCAGGCAGUUGCAUGGGUAGCACUGAAGUUUGGAUAUUCAGAGGUGAAGAGUGCAGUAAGGGCAUGCAUAGGAGAUGUAUCUGUACCUGUAGUACGAAGCACGGUGUCUGCGCUUGAGGAUUACGAUGGGCAGCCAUUUGAUGACGAGGAGCUUGUUGAUAUUGUAGACGAACUGCAUAAGAGUCCGUCUGAAUGUGUGCAAUGCAUGGCGCCCGAUGUAAUUGUGCUGAUAAAAAAAAAAACACGGUUUGUUGCAGAAACAUGUGUUUCGAGCUCAUGGAGACGAAGAUAUGCCAUUGCGAAGAAGAUUGAAAAGCUCAGCGACGAUGACAGGGCGACCGUUUACUUGCACCUGUCUGAAGACCCGGAAGAGGAGAUCAGAAUAUGCCUUGCAAAGAGUAUGGAGCAUGUCAAAGACUGGAAUGGGUUUGUGUCAUUGUUUCUAAGAGACAGUAGCCCAGCAGUAAGGGCUUUGGCGAUUCAGGCUGUAGGAUGCCGCGAGGAAUUUCAGGAGAUACUCAAGGAUGUUAUUUCCGAUGGAAACUGGGAGGUGAGGAAAGCAUUGCUGUGUGUGCAGAAGGCAGAGAUGUACAAGAAUGUGGUUGUUCCGCUUAUCAACUCGCUCCAACAGUCUCCGAACUGGAGGAUGCGGAAGGAGGUUCUGGAGUCGAUUGUACAGACCUCAAAGCAGGAUGAAAAUCUUUUGCAUGAAUUUCUGUCGAAGUAUCUUCUUGGAUAUCUUCAUGACAGGGUGCAUGAUAUAAGAAAAGAGGCAUCUAUGAGCAUAGGAGAGCUUGUUAGACUGUAUGACUGGACAUAUGAAUGGCGCACAGAUAUAGAGACUGCAGUGGCAUCCAAAAGCUAUUUGCACAGAAUAACGUCUGUGAGUGCAGCCCUUUCGUUUGACAAAGUCCAUGGGACUGAUUUUGUAAAAAGGCUUUUGAAUGAUAAGGUAGUGAAUGUAAAGCUGAGUGUGCUAAAAGCAAUAGAUCUGUCCGGGAUGGAUCAGGAAAUCAGAAGCAUGGUUAUGAGCAUGUGCGAAAGUAAUGAUAGGGAGUUGCAAGCAAUGGCAAGAAGUGUGGCCGAUAUAGAGCUAUGA